AUGUCACGCCAUUUCGUCGGUGAUGCCGACAACAGGCAUGGUCUUUGGCUUUUCGUCGGCAGGGGCGGAUUGUCCGGCGGCCAGAGAGCAUCGCGACUUCGACGAGCUCGUCUAGCUCGACUCGUCGAGAUGGACGACUUUCUGCGCGAGCAUGGACUUCUGACGGCGCCCAACGGCUCGGUCUACAAGUGGUCGCCGGGACCACCAGAGGGUCGUCGGCUCAUCUUGGUCCGUGAUGACGCCGGUGACCGGCAUCGCCGGUUGCAGGACGCCACGCCCAGCGAUCCACCGCAGACAACCCCGUCGUCUCUACCGACGGCGACGGCGACGGCGACGUCGACGUCAACGUCGACGCCAUCGCCGAGUGUACGGUUGUCGGAAAAACCGGCCCUAUCCACGCAUCUACAAUUGUCCAGCUCUGUCGCCUCGGUGCCGGUCGAGUUGGGCCCGUUGCGACCGCCAGUCUAUUGGGACACUGUACUCUUCACGCUGGUCCUUUGCUCCGUCGCCCUGGUUACCAAUCUGGCCUUGGUUGGUCUCAUGACGUGUCGUCUCUGUCAAUUGGGUCGGCAUCGACUGGCCGGUGAUGCCGCCGGUCGGGCUGACCAGCGGUUGGCAACACGACGACGCGACGCAGUUGACAAGCCCGCAGUGAUGCGCUCCAGUUGCCUACCGUUGACGGAUGAACCGGUACACGAAGUGCCCGGCGAUCUCUUUGAACUGCCUCGACUGUCCGCGCAAGACUGGCGUGCCGUUGAGGCGAAUCGACGUUGCGACGCUGCCGUUGAACUGUCUCGUCUGGACAGUCUGGAAAUGGACGAUCUGGAGGCGGCAGAUGAGACGACCUCGGCAGGGCUACACCGUCACAGGAGGACACGACUCUGCCGAGCUCUGACCAAGCCGGUGCCGGACAAACUGGUCGAGACAGAAGAGGACGCUGAGACGAGUGCAAUCGCCGCUGUUGCUGACCACGACGACGAUGAUGACGAUGACGACAACAAUGAUGAUGAUGAUGAUGAUGAUGAUGAUGAUGACAAGGGAGAGGAGGAGAAGGAAGAGGAGGGCAGGUAUGCGAACCGAUUUGUCUCGGAGACGAGGCGGAAUGACGACUGGCCGGCAGAUGUAGGGCGAGGCGGCGGGCGCGGGAGGUACAGAUCGAGCUGGUCUGGCGCGGCCGAUUGGCCGGAGGUGAAGAGGAGCCGGACGAAUGUGCCGCGCCGCGGGGUCCAGGUCGUGUCGACAUUGACCCCUUGGACCGUGACCGGAUGGGCUGGUCUGCUGGUCGGGCGGGCUAGAUCGCGGGAUGCUCUCUCGCUGGCCUACAGUCUGGCUGUUCAUCUUGGACUGCUCGGCAGCCUCUUGGCCAUGGUACAGAUCAUCUGCCUCUGUUCGGCUUUGAAGAUUCGCCUGUCGACAAGCCUUCAAAAGCCCAUCUUCGAGGCGGACGCAAUUCCGCCCGACGCCGAUGCAUCGGUCGGACCGACGGACCGGCGUUUGCCGGAACUCGUCUGCCUGCUCACGGCCUCCCUGGCAACUGAUACGUUGCUAUGCGCCCGACUACACCUCGUCGUCGGCCUCCUCAUAAUCGGCCAAUUGGUCGGACUGGUGCUGUUGCACCGAAGCCUCAGCGUC